CCACCACCGGAACCUUCGAUUCCCCACCACCGGAACCCUCGAUUCGCCGUCGCCGGCGAGCAGCCAUGGAUGGCGCUGACCCUGAGGAGCCGUCGGCCACCAACCCCGCCCUCCCCGAUGACCUGAUUGUGGAGGAGAUCCUGGUACGGCUUCCGCCCAAGGUGGUCUUGCGCUUCCGCGCGGCCUGCCGCUCCUGGCGCAGCGGCACCUCCACGCCAAUGUUUCUCCGCUCCAACUACGACCACCAGGUCCCCCUUCCCCUCGUCUUCUUCUCCAACUGCACCAAGGACCCUGAUACCCUCGACACCAUCCAUGUCCUCGCGGCCGCGGGGGCCGAGUACCGGCGGACCCUCCUCGCGUUCGGUUGCGGCACGCUUCACGCCUCUUGUGAAGGCCUCCUUCUCAUCUCCCACGAAAACGCCCGCUACACCAUCUACAACCCAGCCACACGGCAGGGUCUCAGUCUUCCGGAGCUCACCAGCGCUCGAUAUGCUUUGCUCUACUCCUCACGCUCUUCCGAUGGCGGCGUAGAGUGCCGCAUUCUCUUCCGCAAAGGAAGACCUGCCAUGUACCACGUCCUCACGGUGGGCUCUCCUGCACCGCCCAGGCGUAUCGACCUGCCCCAGGGCCCCAAGGAUUUCACCAAGCUGAUGGCUACAGGGUACCCUUCCUUCCAAUCCCCAUCGAUUCAGUUCAAUGGCGCAUUGCACUGGUUAAUGGACAAGAGUCUGGUUGUUUUCGACAAGGUAGUGGAAUCAUUCAGAUCCAUGAGAUGUCCUAGUGCCCUUCUAGAUGCAUGCUUGUUUGAGAUCGAUGGCACUUUUGGCAUGAGCGUGCGGGCUGCAGGAGACACAGCAGUGAGUGUCUGGGUAUUGCAGGAUUACCAGGCCGAGGCGUGGACACUCAGGUAUUCUAUCGACUUGGCAAUGGUGGACAGACUUAGAGUAAAGUAUGACUCACGGCACAUGCUGCUGUCCAACGAUGGCCAUCUGCUAGUUUCUUCCGGUGCGGGUUCUACCACCCUUAUUCUGUGUGACGCUCAGGGUACUUUGAUCAAGGAUUUCUCAGUCAAUUCAUGGAACCCAAAAGUGACGGGAUUCUGGUAUAAAGAAAGUAUUGUCAGACAUUCUUUCUUUGAGAGUAAGGGCAAACGUCGGAGGCCGCAAGCAUCUUUAUUCAAAAGGCUCCGAAAAGAUUGCUUGGGAGGUGAAUAGGACCUAGUUUCCUUAGAAGGCAGGGGGUGAUUCUACAAUAAGUUAUUCAGUUCCUUGCGCUUCUGUGUGUUGGUAAAACAUGCGUAUUUGUCUCGAAGAGAUCAAAAGUGUAUUUACUUUUUUUACUUGAUGUGAACAGAGGCUGGUCCAAGGUCUGCAUAAUUUUUUUGAUCAAGUUAACAAUGAGGAAUUCACGAAUCAAUCAGGGAGUUUCUUUUGGAGAUAAAGGAUAAUCAUUAUGAUGCUAGGACAUGUGUUGUCAGGUUGAAGGCUACGGUAUGGAACUAGCUAUCCUAAUUUAAUCUGUACUUUUUUGUUCGAAGUUCAAAUUUGCAUGGUUCUGUUCGGAUUUGAAGCAUCUGAAGAUCAUGGCAUCUGAAAACCACAAUUUUUAUGCGCCAUGCAUAAAAUACCAUUGUUUUUAUUCGAAAAGUUGCUUCAUACUCUAACCAGCUCUUAUUUCAGAAAUCUAUUGAAGCUAUAUAAAUUUAGUCUUGACUAUGCCUUUUCAUCUUUGGGCAUGUACUUCUAUUGUCGGCAGACUUAGUUUAUGAAUAUGAGAGCUAUAUAAAACAGGAAGUUUGGGUUUGUGUGUUGCAAUAAUCAGAUCUUAUGCAAUUCUACAGACCAUGCUAAACAUCAGUGAAGUACCAACAUUAAAUAAUUCUGAUGGAAAACUAGGAAGGUAUAGUAUUGGCUCAUCUUGAGGGUAUUGACCUCAUGAAAGCAGUACUUUUCUUCCUCUGCUUUGAUAGUAUUGUACCUUCAGUAUUACAAGCAGUCACUUUGGCUGCAGUGUUCUUGCAUGUGUAAAACUCGUGGUGGACAAAUGAUCAGCCAUUUGCAAAACGUCAGGUUUUUCUUUAGUUAUUGUUGUUAAAGUACAUAUAUAUUGACUAUAAAUCUUGGAUAUGGAUAACAAGUCGAGUCUAAGGAGUACCUUAAUCAUUCGAUAUAAAUUUAGAGCUUAUUGUUUGAUUGUUUGCCAAAAGAACAAUGUUGGGGCUUGGGAUGGCUUGAGUUGCUCUGGGCCAGGUACGUCAUGAACUUCUUGUGGGGGAUGCAAAGUUGCAACCAUUUCUCUUGCUUGAUGUUGAGGAAUUCCACUUUCGUCAACCUUCUUCUUUUAAACUGGGGUUUCACUUCAGAGCCAAAUAAAAUGUGUGACUUAUUGCUUGGUUUCUAACUUUCUAUGCACUUGGUGAUAUGUGAGCCUUAUGUUAGCUAUGUCAAAAAGCAGAUGGAAACUGUCACUUAAAGUGUUUCUGAUCUGUUCUUUGUGUCAAGAAUUAGUCGCACUAGUAUCUUGUUAUCUGUUGUUUUUGGGAGUACUGUUCCCCCUUCAUUGCAAAAAGAACAGCAGAACCACCAUUUUGCUUUGCUGUCUGACUUUGUCUCUACAGUUAGGUUGCAGUUCAUUGUAUUCAAUCUGAGGCGUCUGUGCACUUGUUGCAUCCUUUGUUCCAGAUGAUUGAACCAAAUACAUGUCAGAGUAGACAGCAGCGUGGCUAUGCACAGAAUAUAAGUUCCCAGUGUUAAUAACUACUGUUUGGAACUACAUUUUUCUUUUACUAUAAGCAGGCUCCUGCCCAAAUCAUAAGUUACAUAGACACUAAGUAUUACAUACUUAUUUAUCCCUCUAACGUGACAUUGGAUUAGCUACUUUCAGGCACUGACAGAUCACUUCCGGUCAUUGCGCAUGUCAAGAAAAGCUUGGGGCUACAAUGCCGAGACUAACUUUUGUGUUUCUCGCCACUUGGGCCUGCAAUGUGAAGACUCGUAGACAAUGUUUAGAAUGUGACGCUCUAAGUUGAUUACUUACCACAAGUACGACGUCUUGCUGUAUGGAGUUUGUAGCCACCCAUGGUUGGUUGCUCUUUGACUAACAUGAAGCAUGUCCUUGUCUUGAGAUGAUAA